CUCACUCCGCCCAUCGUACUUUGCCCAGAAUCUUCUCUCACUCUACCUUGUGAUCUUAAAGAGCCUUGUCUUCCAAGUGGGCUGCACCUUCCCGACCAACACGAUGACUUUCUCCCCAGCCUGGCACUCUGACAGAUAAGAGUCUGUCCCGCCUGUUGUCCAGAGUCAAAGUCCUCCCACUACUGUAUAAAAAGACCUGGAGAACUAAACGUACCAGGGAUUCCAGAGGCAUUGCAGUCUGCAGCUGCAGAUAACUCCCUUUACUUGAGUCAUGGCACCUCUCAUGAAGGGCCAAGUGUGUGUGGUAACUGGUGCCUCCAGAGGUAUUGGUCGAGGCAUUGCCUUGCAGCUCUGCCAAGCAGGUGCCACAGUUUACAUAACUGGCCGCAAUGAAGAUACUCUUCAGGUCGCUGCUGAGGAGGCACAAUCCCUUGGGGGCAAGUGUGUGCCUGUGGUGUGUGAUUCAAGCCAAGAGAAUGAAGUGCGAAGCCUAUUUGAAAGAGUAGCUCGAGAACAGAAUGGGCGUCUGGAUGUGCUGGUCAAUAAUGCCUUUAGUGGGGUUCAGUCAAUCCUGAAAGCCACCAGUAAGACAUUCUGGGAACUCCCUGCCUCCAUUUGGGAUGAUAUCAACAACACCGGACUCAGAGGUCACUACCUGUGCUCAGUGUAUGGGGCACGGCUGAUGGUACCAGCUGGCCGGGGGCUUAUCGUGGUCAUCUCCUCCCCAGGGGGUCUGCAGUACCUAUUCAACACCGCCUAUGGUGUGGGCAAAGCUGCGUGCGACAGACUGGCUGCUGACUGUGCCCACGAGCUGCGGUGCCAUGGAGUCAGCUAUGUGUCUCUGUGGCCAGGAAUGGUGCAGACAGAACUGCUGCAGGAUUAUAUGGCAAAAGAGGAGCAAACUAAGGAUCCCAGGUUCAGUCAGUUCAAAAAACUUUUCUCAGCAUCAGAAACCACAGAAAUGAGUGGCAAAUGUGUGGUGGCACUGGCAACAGACCCCAACAUCCUGAAGCUGAGCGGGAAGGUGCUGCCAUCUUGUGACCUUGCUCGACGCUAUGGCCUAAAAGAUGUGGACGGCCGCCCUGUCUAUGACUACUUGUCUGUGCGCUCUGCCCUCCAGCAUGUCUCCCACCUGAGCUGGUUGGCCUCCUGGUUGCCUGGCUUCCUUCGCGUGCCCAAGUGGCUUAUCACACUCUAUACCAGCAAGUUCUGACAACCUGGCCCAGUGUCAGUGCUGUUUCUCUGCCCACUUGGGCUUGGUCAUUGGACCUAUAUCUGUGGAACAAAGCAGCCUUGUUCACCUACUAAUGCCUUUGGUUUCUGCUGGGCCUGUGUGGUGAGUUCUGAGGUCCUUCAGAGAACCCUCUGUGUGCCUGAGUUUUCUUUGUCCUUACUCUCCACUUUUUGUUUCAGUAUCCAAAAAUGCACUGGAGGCUAAUAAAGGUUCUUCUUUCCCCUUCAA